AUGCAGGCCAUUCAGUUUAAUGGUGGUAACCAGGUCACUAUCCAAGGACUAUCAAUAGUGAACAGUCCUAGUUUUCAUUUGACUUUCACUAGUAGCAAAAGCAUCCAAAUCCUUUCUGUGAAAAUAAAUGCACCAGGUACAAGUAUCCACACAGAUCGAAUUGAUAUAAAUGGCCACUCUACAGACUUUCGCAUAAUAAGCUGCAACAUAGGCACAGGUGAUGAUUGUGUUUCCAUUGGGAGUGGGUCAAGUAAUAUCUACAUUGAAGAUCUUAAAUGUGGCCCAGGUCAUGGUAUAAGCGUGGGAAGUCUGGGGAAACGAAACACUCAAGCACAAGUUUCCAAUGUGCAUGUAAAUGGCGCCACCUUGACUGCAAUUACAAGUGGAUUAAGAAUCAAAACAUUGGAAGAGCGAAUUGGAAGAGCAGAAUUGGAAGAGCGAAUUGCAGCAGGAAGGCGAAUUUCUGAUCUGAGAAGGCUGGAAGGCGAAUCCAGCAGCAAUCUCCAUUUUUUAUCCAUCUUUUUAGUUGCGGCUGAAGAUUUGCGGAAAUUGCGAGUAGAACUUGCACAUGAACACGCAGAGCUCUCAUUGGAGGCCAUAAUCGCUGUGUUGAAUACAAAUGCAGAAGUUUUGAAUAGGAUUCCAGUUGUGUUACCUCCCUCCCAGGGAAGAUCUCCGCAAGCAGCUGUUGGUGACGAAGAAAGGUAG